CUAAGAGAUCAAUCAAGUUGUAAUAUGGAGUUGGCACGUAGAAUACUUCGGCAGAGGAUCGUAUUACUUUACAUUUUAAGCUGUUUCAAUUCAGUGCCGAGCACGUCAAAAUUAAUGAGUGACUUCUUUCCAACCAUUCAACCUUUCCAGAAUGUUAUCCAAUCAGCACCAACAACAACGCUAUUGCCAACUGCAAUUACACCUAGUUCGGAAAGUCUCUAUUACAAAAAACUUGACCUUUGUUUGGCGCCAAAUAGUAUUGGAGAAGGAUGGACCGACACGUCAGCAGCUGCAUGCGCUAUCACCUGUAAGCAAAUCUAUGAGUCCAACUGUAGCAGCUUUAUAUAUGAUAAAAUAACACACCUUUGUACGCCAGCUGGACAACUGUCCAACGUCGCACCUGGACCUCAACAGUCUCCUGAAGGGGACCUUUACGUCCUGGACUUUGGUGAGAUUGACCUAUUGGGUGAAUUUAGCGUUUACAGAUCUGGGCAAAUAACAACACUGUAUUUCUACAACAGUACGAAUGCCAACUACACACAGGCCGUGGAAACGUGCACAUCUCUUGGAUCCAGACUUGUGACCACUGCAACCUUCAACAAAUUUCAGUUCUUCGCUGACCUGGUGAAUAGCAAAGGUUGUAACACCUGGGUGGGCCUUAGUGACCGACUCGCUGAGGAACAGCUGAUUUGGUCAGAUGGCCAACUUUUUAAUUGGAGCGCCCAGGCCAGUCUGUUUAUUCGUCAACAGCCAGACAAUGUUAGCAACAUCCACGACUGCUGUUAUAUGUCGUGGACCGACAAACUUCUGGAUCAAGAAUUAUGCGGCGUCAGUAUGUGCUUUAUUUGUGAGAAAAUAUGUCCAUGAC